CCUGGGCCGGUGGGACUGCAUAUGUAAAGCCCUACUUCAUAUUAAUAAGCUCCAAUCGGGGCUUUAAGUCCUUGAUUAGGAGAGUGUGAGAGCUUUGGUCCCAACUGGCUGUGCCCAUAGGCUUGUCACCAGGAGAACAUUUGUGUUAAUUGCACUGUGCUCUGUCAAGGAAACUUUGAUUUAUAGCUGGGGUGCACAAAUAAUGGUUGCCGGUCGCACAUGGAUUCGGUAGAACUUUGCCUUCCUGAAUCUUUUUCCCUGCACUACGAAGAAGAUGAACAAAACUUUAAUGUCUAGAGCAUUUAUGAGGGUUUUAAUGAUUGGAAAAUCUAUCCUGAGAAUGUGGUCACCAUAUGUGAUAGCCUUGCUUUCUAUCUUGUCUUCAGUUUAUGGGGCUUCUCUGCAGAAUGUCAAACAAAGAUCGACACAUUGAUUCCAGCUGUUCGUCCUUCAUCAAGACGGAACCCUCCAGCCCAGCCUCCCUGACGGACAGCGUCAACCACCACAGUCCUGGUGGCUCUUCCGACGCCAGUGGGAGCUACAGUUCCACCAUGAAUGGCCAUCAGAACGGACUGGACUCGCCACCUCUCUACCCUUCUGCUCCUAUCCUGGGAGGUAGUGGGCCUGUCAGGAAACUGUAUGACGACUGCUCCAGCACCAUUGUUGAAGACCCCCAGACUAAGUGUGAAUACAUGCUCAACUCGAUGCCCAAGAGACUGUGUUUAGUGUGUGGUGACAUCGCUUCUGGGUACCACUAUGGGGUAGCGUCAUGUGAAGCCUGCAAGGCUUUCUUCAAGAGGACAAUUCAAGGUAACAUAGAAUAUAGCUGCCCUGCCACGAAUGAAUGUGAAAUCACAAAGCGCAGACGUAAAUCCUGCCAGGCUUGCCGCUUCAUGAAGUGUCUAAAAGUGGGCAUGCUGAAAGAAGGGGUGCGUCUUGACAGAGUCCGUGGAGGUCGGCAGAAGUACAAACGCAGAAUAGAUGCAGAGAACAGCCCAUACCUGAACCCUCAGCUGGUUCAGCCAGCCAAAAAGCCAUAUAACAAGAUUGUCUCACAUCUGUUGGUGGCUGAACCGGAGAAGAUCUAUGCCAUGCCUGACCCUACUGUCCCCGACAGUGACAUCAAAGCCCUCACUACACUGUGUGACUUAGCCGACCGAGAGUUGGUGGUUAUCAUUGGAUGGGCGAAGCAUAUUCCAGGCUUUUCCACGCUGUCCCUGGCGGACCAGAUGAGCCUUCUGCAGAGUGCUUGGAUGGAAAUUUUGAUCCUUGGUGUCGUAUACCGAUCUCUUUCAUUUGAGGACGAACUUGUCUAUGCAGACGAUUAUAUAAUGGACGAAGACCAGUCCAAAUUAGCAGGCCUUCUUGACCUAAAUAAUGCUAUCCUGCAGCUGGUAAAGAAAUACAAGAGCAUGAAGCUGGAGAAAGAAGAAUUUGUCACCCUCAAAGCUAUAGCUCUUGCUAAUUCAGACUCCAUGCACAUAGAAGAUGUGGAAGCCGUUCAGAAGCUUCAGGAUGUCUUACACGAGGCCCUGCAGGAUUAUGAGGCUGGCCAACACAUGGAAGACCCUCGCAGAGCUGGCAAGAUGCUAAUGACGCUGCCACUCCUGAGGCAGACCUCCACCAAGGCUGUGCAGCAUUUCUACAACAUCAAACUGGAAGGCAAAGUCCCCAUGCACAAACUUUUUUUGGAAAUGCUGGAGGCCAAGGUCUGACUAAAAGCUUCCUGGGCCUUCCCAUCCUGCACGUUGAAAAAGGGAAAAUAAACCGGAGAGUGAUGUCGAAGAAACUUAGAAUUUAGCUAACAACAUCAGAAUCAACACAGACUGCACUGAUAUUUUAGCAGCAAGACUAUGAAGCAGCUUUCAGAUUCCUCCAUAUCUUCCGGAUGCAUUUCUUUCUACUUUAUCUCUCAUCUCCUCUCUCUUUUUCUUCUUUUUUUUUUUCCUUUUCAUAUCUCUUCCUCUUUAUUUUUGUCUCCCUCCCUUCUUCCCCUUUGCCCUCAUUUCUUGACUUCACUACUGAUCCUUUCUUUCCCUCAUUUCCUUCCUUCCUUUUCUUCCCCUCUUCCCUCUCUUUUCUCAUCCUCUCGUUUUAGUCUAAGAUUUAAAUAGCUCUAAUUAUAAGGAAAUUUUCCUGCCUUCCUCCCUUCUUCUCCUCUCCUUUUCUUCCUUCUGCUGCUGAACUUUUUAAAAAGAGGUCUCUAACUGAAGAGAGAUGGAAGCCAGCCCUGCCAAAGGAUGGAGAUCCAUAAUAUGGAUACCAGUGAACUUAUUGUGAACCAUAACGUCCCCAAUGACUAAGGAAUCAAAGAGAGAGAACCAACAUACCUAAAAGUACAGUGCAACAUAAGCGAAUUGACUGAGUGCAGUAUUAGAUUUCAUGGGAGCAGCCUCUAAUUAGACAACUGAAGCAACGUGGCAUUGGCUGCUUCUUAUCAUUGCUUUUCCAUCUAGAUCAGUUACAGCCAUUUGAUUCCUUAAUUGUUUUUUCAAGUCUUCCAGGUAUUUGUUAGUUUAGCUACUAUGUAACUUUUUCAGGGAAUAGUUUAAGCUUUAUUCAUUCAUGCAAUACUAAAGAGGAAUAAGAAUACUGCAAUUUUGUGCUGGCUUUGAACAAUUAUGAACAAUAAUGAAGGACAAAUGAAUCCUGAAGGAAGAUUUUUAAAAAAUGUUUUGUUUCUUCUUACAAAUGGAGAUUUUUUUGUACCAGCUUUACCACUUUUCAGCCAUUUAUUAAUAUGGGAAUUUAACUUACUCAAGCAAUAGUUGAAGGGAAGGUGCAUAUUAUCACGGAUGCAAUUUAUGUUGUGUGCCAGUCUGGUCCCAAACAUCAAUUCUUAACAUGAGCUCCAGUUUACCUAAAUGUUCACUGACACCAAGGAUUAGAUUACACCUACCGUGACUCUGAGCAGUCACAUAUAUAAGCACUGCACAUGGAAUACAGAUCCAUAGAAUUAUCACGAUCACACCUCUCUACCUGGGAGGUACAGUUGCCAUAGGAUUUCUAGCUGCCCUGGUGGUUAGGAAUGAGAUACUGCCUGUUUGCAAAGUUACAGACCUUGUCUCAGAAGGAGCUGUGAGCCAGUAUUUGUUUAAGUGGCAAUAAGGCAAAUGCCAGAAUUAAGAAAAAAAAAAAUAUAUAUAUAUAUACAUAUAUAUAUCUCACAAAAAAAUCAUCAAAGACAGCAGACGCCUGACCAAAUUCUAAAAAC